AUGGCGGAAACAAUCAAGAUUGAUGUUGAAUUCACCGGCGGACUGGAAUUGCUGUUCUCCAACCAAAGAAAUCACAAAGUUUCAUUGCCAGCACAAGAUCAAGAUGGAAACCCGUCAAACAUCGCGUUUCUGAUCAAACACCUAUGUGAAAACCUCAUGACAGACCAGAAGAAAGAACUCUUCCUCCUAGAUGAAUCUGUUCGUCCCGGCAUUCUAGUUCUGAUCAACGACGCAGACUGGGAACUCGAGGGCGAGGACCAAUAUGAGCUGCAAUCAAGGGAUCAAAUUGUCUUCGUAUCUACUUUGCACGGCGGAUAG